AUGGCGGCUCCUCCUGGUGCUUCGCCGUUCCCUCCGGGGUUCCUUGCUGAGGAUCGAGGCCCUACUAUCAUCGCCGUCAAUGCCACCAUCCAAGGAAUUGCCUGCCUGAUCGUGAUCUUGAGAAUUAUCUCCAGAUUUACUCUGGUGAAGAAGGUCGGGGCCGAUGACUGGAUGAUCGUCGUAGCAACCAUCCUGGCGACGGUCAAUAUCGUUAUUGCUAGUCAAAGUGUAAAAUUCGGGACGGGAAAGCAUAAGCAAGCAAUCCCAAAGGAUAAUCUCAUACCAUCUGGAAUAUAUCGGUUCAUCACCCGGGUUAUCUACUUCCUUAUCAGCGGGGCGACCAAGCUGUCAGUCGGUUUGCUCUACCUGCGCAUUUUCCCAACGCUCAAGAAGCAUGUCUACAUUCUCAUUGGUUUCAUCGUUGCCAUGACCAUUGCCCUGGAAGUGGCUACCAUUUUACAAUGUAUACCUGUGGAAGCAGUCUGGACUAUGGAUCCAACAGGCAAAUGCUUCGAUAUUGUGGCAUUUUCGUACAGUGCAUCGGCCCUUGCUGUUGUAACCGAUAUCUGGACUUUGGUUUUGCCUCUCCGGACCGUCUUGUCACUCCAAAUCCAAAGAAAUCAGAAAAUCGUACUUGUUGGCAUGUUCUCCUUGGGUCUGAUUGCCUGCAUAGCAGGAAUUGUUCGCAUGGCAUUCCUCAUAACGCUCUUGACUAGCACCGAUCAGCCGUGGGAUACAUAUGGAACGUCUAUCACAUCCGGUAUCGAGAUGGCCCUUGGAAUCAUCACCGCCAGUCUCCCUAGCUUAAAGCCUCUCGCCGACCGCAUGUUUCCCAAUUUGUUUCCCACUUCAAAGAAUACAUCGGGUGCAACUCCGAAUCGGUACGAGCUGGGAUCCACAAAACAGAGUCGUGGGUUUGUGUCUAUUGGGAGUAGGAGGGAUCAUGAUGAAGCUGAUUCGACGAAGGCCAUUAAGGUGGACUACGACUACAACGUCACCUCCGAACAACAGCCAAGAUAUUAA